ACGAACGACCUCAGAUCUUUCUCUAUCUUUUCCUGUCCUCGCCGGGCUUAACUUUCUCUCUUUCGCAGGGUGUCAACACCGAUCAAUCCCAAUCCCAAUCGGUAUCCCUCCUUCCAAGCACUCAUACUAAUCCCAUUCAGAUUCUGUUCCCCUCUCCGAACCCUAAUUUCCAGUUGGGAUGUCGUCUGUUUCUAGCCAGCCACAGUUUCGCUACACCCAACCGCCAUCGAAGGUUCUACACUUGAGGAAUUUGCCAUGGGAGUGUACAGAAGAGGAACUGAUUGAACUGGGAAAGCCGUUUGGGAGAGUUGUCAGCACAAAGUGUAAUGUUGGAGCCAAUCGAAACCAAGCAUUUAUUGAAUUCGCAGAACUAAAUCAAGCAAUUGCGAUGAUAUCAUAUUAUGCAUCAUCGUCCGAGCCAGCUCAGGUGCGAGGGAAGACUGUCUACCUACAAUAUUCCAACAGGCAAGAAAUCGUGAACAACAAAACUACGGCAGAUGUUGCUGGAAAUGUGCUGUUGGUAACAAUUGAGGGGAACGACGCACGCCUUGUUAGUAUUGAUGUUCUGCACUUGGUCUUUUCUGCCUUUGGAUUUGUACACAAGAUUACUACUUUCGAGAAGACUGCUGGUUUUCAGGCUCUGGUGCAAUUUUCUGAUACUGCAACUGCCUCUUCUGCCAAGGAAGCCCUCGAUGGAAGAAGCAUUCCAAGGUAUCUAAUCACAGAUCUGGGGCCGUGCUCUCUUAGAAUCACUUACUCUGCACAUACAGACCUCAGUGUAAAAUUUCAGAGUCACCGUAGUAGGGAUUAUACUAAUCCUAUGCUCCCUGUUGCUCCUUCAGCUAUUGAUGCCACGGGACAGUUUAAUUUAGGAGCUGAUGGGAAAAAACUGGAGCCGGAGAGCAAUGUUCUACUUGCUUCCAUCGAAAACAUGCAGUAUGCAGUGACUUUGGACGUUUUACAUACAGUCUUCUCAGCAUUUGGUUCUGUCCUGAAAAUUGCCAUGUUCGAUAAAAAUGGUGGUCUUCAGGCUUUAAUACAGUAUCCUGAUGUCCAGACUGCUGUUGUUGCCAAGGAUGCCCUGGAAGGACACUGCAUAUACGACGGAGGAUACUGCAAACUUCACAUCUCGUAUUCCCGACACACUGACCUCAGCAUAAAGGUGAAUAACGAUCGGAGUAGAGACUACACCAUCCCGACUACCGCCAGUUUGAAUUCCCAGCCCUCCAUAUUAGGACAGCAACCGUAUCCGGGCAUUCCCGGCUACGGCGCAGCGGCAUAUUCUCCGGCUUCUGCUUCAGGUAUGCCAAUGCAUAAUUACCCUUAUGGGCUUCCUGCAAUGGGGCACGGGGCGGCGCCGCCGUCCCAUGGCGCGCCGCACUCGUCCCCUAUGCAGCCGUAUAAUCAUCAAUAGCGACAGCCAUCCGCCGCCACCGCCGCCGCCGCCGUGCAUAUGGCUGUGCUAUGGGUGUGUGCUUAGAACUCAAUUCUUAACUUGGGAGUUACUGAAUGCAAGAUUUGAUUCUGGUAGUAAAUGUAUUUCUGAUCUGAUCUCUCUCUCUCUCUCUCUCUCUCUCUCUCUACCCUUCUAGACUGAGAAACCUUAUACAAUUUACUCCAUUUCUGGUGUUUUUCAUUCA